UUAGCUCGGCCGGUUUUCACUUCUCAGCCCUAAUCAGUAAUCAAAGCCUCACUCUUUCUGUCUCUCGCUCACCUUCGCGCAUAUGCUUCCCUCUCUCAAAAGAAAAAUCCUAGCCUCCGUUGCUGCUCUCUUCUUCAAGCUGUGUCACCGCUCCAUUGAAUCUGGUCCGGCCAUCGUCCCUACUGUUUCAGCGUCGUCGCAGCUCGUCUCUGCCGUUGCAUCGCGUCGCCUCUGUUCCGCAGCCGUCGUUUGUUCCAGUCCCGCGGCCGUCGUUUGCUAGUGCUAAUCUGCUCUCAGCCUAUCCCAGUCUCGCUCUCGCUCUCUGCGUCUGCUUCUUGCGUCUCACCGUCUCCUUGCAACUCUAAGCUCUCCCUCAGUCCGUCUCGCUCAGCUUCACUGGUUAAGUAAGCAGGUAUUUAAAUGUUUGAAGCUACGUUCCUAUAUUAUGUGCCAUCAUAAGUUUUUCUAGUCACUUAGGUUCUACGCUACGUUUUGGACCCUGUACGGCUGUACUAUCCUUCCAUUUCUGUAUAGAAACUCGUUCCUGACUUGCAUAUACAUCGGUACCAUCAUUCCACAAAUCGUGCCGAAAAAUGAAUCCUCGGCCACAACCGUCGCCACCUCACGAUGAUGACGACAACAACGAGGAAGUCUUCAUUGACGAGUCUGAUAUUCUGCAAGAAGUUUCCAUGGACAAUGAAGACCUUCCUGAUGCCGAUGAUGACCAAGAUUUGGAUCCCGAACAUCUCGAUGAGGCUGAUGAUUCUGCGCAUACGUUCACUGGUCAUACUGGGGAGUUGUAUUCAGUUGCAUGCAGCCCAAGCGAUGCAAGGUUGGUGGCAACAGGGGGUGGUGAUGACACAGGAUUUCUCUGGAAGAUCGGCGAUGGAGUUUGGGCUUCUGAGCUAAAAGGUCAUAAUGAUUCUGUAUCUAGUUUAGCUUUUAGCCACAAUGGACAGUUUCUUGCAUCCGGAAGUUUAGAUGGAAUUGUUCAAGUAUGGGAUGUUUUUGGAAAUCUGAAAGGCACACUGGAAGGUCCUGGAGGGGGAAUUGAGUGGCUCAGGUGGCAUCCGAGAGGACACAUACUCUUAGCUGGUUCUGAGGAUUCCACUGUUUGGAUGUGGAAUGCUGAAAGAGCUGCUUUUCUUAAUAUGUUUGCUGGUCACGGAGCUAGCGUGACCUGCGGUGAUUUUACUCCUGAUGGGAAAAUAAUAUGUACUGGUUCAGAUGAUGCAACUCUGAGAGUAUGGAAUCCAAAGAGUGGAGAAAACAUUCAUGUUGUGCGGGGUCAUCCGUAUCAUACUGAGGGACUAACUUGCUUGUCAAUAAGUUCAUCGUCAACCCUUGUCCUUACUGGUUCCAAGGACGGAUCUGCCCAUAUUGUGAAUAUCUCUACUGGGAAGGUUAUUAAUUCCGCGCCUCUUCAUUCAGAUUCCAUUGAAUGUGUUGGUUUUGCGCCAAGUGAUUCCUGGGCUGCAAUUGGGAGUUUGGAUAAAAAACUUGUCAUCUGGGAUAUAGAGCAUUCCUUAUCUCGUGCCACUUGUAACCAUGAGGAUGGAGUGACAUGUUUGGUGUGGCUUGAUGCUUCGUAUUUGGCCACUGGAUGCGUGGAUGGAAAAGUAAGAUUAUGGGAUAGCCGGUCCGGUGAAUGCACAAACACAUUCAGGGGGCACGAAGAUGCCAUUCAAUCUCUCUGUGUGUCUGCUGAUCACAAUUACCUUGUCUCGGCUUCAAUGGAUGGAACAGCUCGCGUCUUUGAGCUUGGC